GGUGCCUCGCUCUGUUGCCCAGACUGGAGUGCAGUGGUGUGAUCAUAACUCAGUACAGCCUAGAAGUCCUGAACUCAAGCAAUCCUCCCGCCUCAGCCUUUCAAGUAGCUAGGAGUACAGUUGGGAGCCACCGUGCCUGGUCAUUGUCACGGGAUCACCUGCCCUUUUGGCUGCUGCACCUGAACGGAGUCAUCAUGCCUCGAGGUCAGAAGAGUAAACUCCGUGCCAGGGAAAAACGCCGUCAGGCCCGAGGAGGGCUGGAAGAUUUGAUAGAUGCUCUGGCCAUUUUAGAAGAGGAGGAAGAAUACCCCCCCUCCCCUUCUUCUUGUUUGAAGGAUGUUUCCCAGAGUUCACUUGAUGGGACAGCCAACAAUCCCCAUGGACUUUGGGAAGCCCUAUCCAUCAGCACAUCUGCUACAGCUGCUUCACACACAAGACAUACCGAAGGAGUCAACGACCAAAUGGAAGAAAGGCCAAGAUGCACACAAGAUCUAGCAGCCACUGAUAACUUUCCCAGAGGCCCUCUAGGUGAGAAAGUAAUUAUGUUGGUGCAUUACUUGCUGUACAAGUACCAAAUGAAAGAGCCCAUUACAAAGGCAGAUAUGCUGAGAAAUGUGACCCAUAUGUGCAAGAGCCAGUUCCCCGUAAUCCUGAGGAGAGCUUCUGAGCACCUAGAGCUGAUCUUUGGUCUUGACCUGAAGGAAGUGGAGCCUAAUAAGCACAUCUAUGUCCUGAUCAACAAACUAGAUCUAGACUGUGAUGCAAGGCUGAGUGAUGAAACAAGCGUGCCCAAGACUGGCCUGCUGAUGACUGUCCUGGGUAUUAUCUUCACAAAGGGUAAUUGUGCUGCUGAGGAGGAAAUCUGGAAAGUGUUUAAUAUGAUGGGGUUAUAUGAUGGAAUUGAGCACUUCAUUUUUGGGGAGCCCAGGAAGCUCCUUACCAAAGAUUUGGUGAAAGAAAAUUACCUGGAGUACCAGCAAGUGCCCAACAGUGAUCCUCCACGCUAUCAAUUCCUAUGGGGCCCAAGAGCCCAUGCCGAAACCAGCAAGAUGAAAGUUCUUGAGUUUUUGGCCAAGGUAAAUAAUACAGUUCCCAGUGAAUUCUCAACCUGGUAUACAGAGGCUUUGCAAGAUGAGGAAGAGAGAGCCAGAGCCAGAGUUGCAGCCAAGGCUCGCAUUAGUGCCACGGCCGGUGCACGUUCCAAGGUUAAGUCCAGCAACUCCUCCCAACUGCAGUAAAGUCUGAGGCAGAUUCUUCACUUUGUGUUUGAAAAGAAAUCCACAUUCUGAGCUGUGGGAGGUCAGGGUGGGACUGGAGACAACAAGGUGAAUAACAUGUUUGUGUUAAUGUUCUAUGUGAUGACUUGGAAUUUUUUAAAGAUGAUGUUCCUUUAAUAGAUGGUUAAAGUAGCUUCAUUAUCUAAGUUUGUGAAUGACAUUGCUCAAAUUUUGCUGUAUGUGAGAUUAAGAGUAAGCGAUGUAUUGCUUUAUAAAUCAAAUUGGGAAACUCUCCAUUUAUUUAGUGAUCGAAACAUGAUAGCAUGGUAGUAAAUUGGGCAUUUCCUAAUUCAAUGUGAAAUAAUUUAGGAGUUUAAUAAAUGGGAUCAAGAAAUAGAGAAAGGAGGGCCAGGUGCGGUGGCUCACACCUGUAAUCCCAGCACUUUGGGAAGCCGAGGCAGGCAGAUCACGAGGUCAGGAGAUCGAGACCAUCUUGGCUAACACAGUGAAACCCCGUCUCUACUAAAAAUACAAAAAAUUAGCCAGGCGUGGUGGCGGGCUCCUGUAGUCCCAUCUACUCAGGAGGCUGAGGCAGGAAAAUGACGUGAACCCGGGAGGCGGAGCUUGCAGUGAGCUGAGAUCACGCCACUGCACUCCAGCCUGGGUGACAGAGUGAGACUCCAUCUCAAAAAAAAAAGAAAAGAAAUAGAGAAAAGAGUAAAAGAUGGCUAAUUAUUACAUUCCCUAUUGACUUUUAUUCUGUUGUUAUGUAAAAUUAAGAUAUAUAUGCCAGGAUAUGCUUACAUUAUUCAAGAAUAUAUAAUUACAUUGUAAUAAAUUAGGCCUUUUGCCCACUGGUUCAUUUAUUCCUCAAACAUUAAUUGAGCAUCUGCUCUUUGGAAGGCCUUGUGCUAGGAUGUCAGGAUAAGGAAGAUCUACCUGUGCCCACUGGAUUUUAGAAUCUAGGGGUAGAUAUUACAUAAGGAAUAUGGUGAGAUACCUACUAAGACCUAAAGGACAAGUCAAAGAAAGUGAGAAUGUAGGGGGAGGGUUGUCUAGAUGAGAGCAUCAAAUGUAAAUAUCUUAAGGCAAGUGGGAUUGGAGGUUUUUUUUUUUUUUUUUCCUCACUCUUGUCACCCAGGCUA